CCGUUUCUUCUUCGUUUUUAUCUAAAAUAUAAUGUCCAACUUUAUCGUCGAAGCAACUACCUCCAAGGGCUACAAGAUUAACUUGAACACUGGUUUGUUCAUUAACAACGAGUUUGUUGCUGGUGCAAACACCAUUGAUACCAUCAACCCUUCUACUGGUGAAUUGACUGCCAAGGUCCAGGCUGCCGAAGCCAAGCAGGUCAACGAUGCUGUCAAGGCUGCAACUGAUGCCUUCAAGAAUGGCUGGAAGCAGACCAAGGGUAGCGACCGUGGUGCUCUUAUGUACAAGCUUGCCGAGCUCAUUGACCGUGACAACGAAGAAAUCUCUCAGAUCGAAACUCUCGACAACGGCAAGGGUAUCACCUUUUCCCGCUUUUUUGAUGUUAAGCAGCUUGCCGUAACCCUUCGCUACUACGCCGGCUGGGCUGAUAAGGUCCACGGUAAGGUCAUUGAUACCGAAGGUGCCUUGUCUUACACCCGCCACGAACCUCUCGGUGUCUGCGCUGCUAUUAUCCCCUGGAACUUCCCCUUGCUUAUGUUGGGCUGGAAGUUGGGUCCCGCCCUGGCCACUGGUAACACCGUUGUUGUCAAAACCUCUGAGCUCACCCCUCUCUCCGCCCUGCGUGUUGCUGCCUUGGUUAAGGAAGCUGGUUUCCCUCCUGGUGUGGUCAACAUCAUCACUGGUUACGGUAACAUUGCUGGUGACGCUCUUUCCCGUCACCCCGACGUUGCCAAGGUUGCCUUCACUGGUAGCACUGCUGUCGGUCGUAUGGUCAUGAAGGCUGCUGCUGAGAGCAACUUGAAGAAGGUCACUCUUGAAUUGGGCGGUAAGUCUCCCAACAUCAUCUUCAACGAUGCCAACAUCGACCAGGCCGUCAAGUGGGCCCACAAGGGUAUUUUCUUCAACCAUGGACAAACUUGCUGCGCUGGUUCGCGUGUAUAUGUCCAGGAGGGUAUCUACGAAGAGUUCAUUGAGAAAUUCAAGGCUUACACUCGCUUGACCAAGCUCGGUGAUCCCCAUGAGGAUGAUACCUACCAGGGUCCCCAGGUUUCUCAGGUUCAGUUCGACCGUAUUAUGGGUUAUAUUGAGGCUGGUCAGAAGGAAGGUGCUACCCUUGCUUUGGGUGGCAAGCGUUGGGGCUCUAAGGGUUACUUCAUUGAGCCCACUGUGUUCACUGAUGUUAAGGAAGAUAUGACCAUUAUGCGUGAAGAGAUCUUCGGCCCCGUUGUUGCCGUCUCCAAGUUCGUUGACGUUGAUGAUGUUGUUGCCAAGGCUCACAACACUACCUAUGGUCUCGCUGCAGCUGUGUUCACCAGUGAUGUUGCACGUGCUAUCGAAGUAUCUAACCGCCUUGAGGCCGGUACUGUCUGGGUCAACUGCUACAACGAACUUGACUACAACACUCCUUUUGGUGGUUACCAUGAGUCUGGUAUGGGCCGUGAGAAUGGUGUUUAUGCUUUGGACAACUACACUCAGAUUAAGACUGUCAAGAUUAAUAUCAACCGUCAGGCUUAGAUGUGAAGAAAAACAUAAUAUCAUCGCCAAAGUCCAACAUUGCAUACCACUUACUUUUUCCUUUCUGUUAAUAAAUCUACAAUUUUUUUUUAAAAAAAAAGAACCAGUAAAGCUUCAAAUUUAUAUACAAGAUUGCUUAGUCAUCUUACUAGUAUUAUUGUUUUCAUAGCUUAAAUUUUGUAUUAUAGGCCUUGAUCUGGCCGCCAAGUUUAUUUUCUCCAUUU